GUAGCCCUGUUGUGAUGGCGACAUAAACCGAGUCAAGCCUAGUAAGCACAUGUGGAAACGUCCAAAUAGUUCAAACCAAAUCAGUUUUACUCAUAUUGCACCAAAAUCGCAAUCACAGCUCCUCAGUUGGCUUUACGAUCGGCACUGUGAACGACAUCCUCUGUCCUUAGAGGCUCUUAGAGAGAAAACGUUGAGGUAAAAGUUCAUGUAUCUUAACUUUAAGGUGGGUUUUAAAGUUUAGCUUGUGAUUUAAUCAGCUGUAAAAGUAAAUCCCUGUCGUUGCAAUCAAGAGAAACAUUUCGGUAUUCAGGACACAAAGGCAGGAUGUUAUUAUUCAUCCAGAUCAGAGUCUUCAACUAAGAUUAACACAUCAUCUGCAUAUAGAUUCACCUGGGCACCGUGAAAGUCCGGGCUAUUUGGGACGGACUUCAGAUGAACCUGCAGGUCAAACACAACUGUCCCUGGGAAAUAAUAUUACAUAUAUAUAUUUAUACAUACUGAGCUGUGCCUUUGCCUGUACGUUGUGUUGUAUCCGAGCUAAAAGAGACGAGGACGUGAGGUGGGGAGGGAGGGGAGCAGGGACAGUAGGGGGCGGAGGAGCCGCGAGAACAGAAGGGCCGCAACACUCGUGAUGUGAUUAAACGUCUGCUCGAACACAGGGGUUCCCUGGAACAGAGAGACACUUAGACCGAGAGAGAGAGGGAGAGAGAGAGAGAGAGAGAGGAGGGGAAAAGAGAGGGAGAUGAUCACAGAUCGAGCUGAAGGUGACGGGGAACCAGCUACUGUCGGCUCUCGGGACAUCUCUUAACUUUUACUGAACGAAGCUGCUCUCUGCGUGCUGCCAGGACUGAAGUCUUGACAGCCUCCAAACCAGUUUGGAUUCCUGUGGCGACGCCCAGCUGGCUGACGGCCAUUGUUUCUGUGGCGUGAGGAAAACAUCCACCUAUACUGCCCAUAUAAGGACGUCCUGUUUGCUGUUAUGUGAAGCUGCCAUCUUGGUGCCAACCGAUAGUCAUAACAAUUCCAGCUUUUGGCAGAGCUGUUCGUCGUGGAUUAGAUAAUUCAUUAAAUGUCCGAUGAGAUCCAAGAAAUCCUUGGUUGAAGUGAAAUCAUGAUCCUGUCGCUGAAGUGAGGUGUGGUCCAACAAACUACAGUCUUGUUGAAGAUUCAAAGACACCAACAAAGCCCAAAAAAACUCAAAGCUCAUCUUCAUUUGGAGCUAUGCCCUGGCCAUCUCCUCCGUCUUUGCUCUACCUUUUCAUUGGACUGCUGCUUCUCGUCCUUUGGGCACCCUCAGCGAUCAGAGGCCAGAAUGACACGGAGCCAAUCGUGUUGGAGGGAAAGUGUCUGGUGGUGUGUGACUCCACCCCUUCUGCGGAGCCAUCGGGAAACGCUCUGGGCAUGUCGGUGAGGUCGGGAACCGGUCGGGUGGCGUUUUCAGCCAUCCGUAACACCAACCACGAACCCUCGGAGAUGAGCAACCGCACCAUGACCAUCUACUUUGACCAGAUCCUAGUAAAUGUUGGCAGCCAUUUCGACCCGGCGAGGAGUGUCUUCGUGGCCCCGAGAAAAGGAGUCUACAGUUUCAGCUUUCACGUGGUCAAAGUUUACAACCGGCAGACGAUACAAGUGAGUUUGGUUCUCAACGGCUGGCCAGUGAUUUCAGCCUUCGCAGGUGAUCAGGACGUGACCAGAGAAGCUGCCACCAACGCCGGCCUGGUGAUGAUGGAGCGAGGGGACAAGGCUUACCUCAAACUGGAGAGGGGGAACCUGAUGGGAGGGUGGAAGUACUCCACUUUCUCCGGGUUUCUUGUGUUCCCCUUGUAGGUUAGGUGGAGGUAGGGUGGGAGUUUGUGUUCUUGUCAUAGCCGAGGGUACGGAUGGGAGGGAAGGGUAUAGAACAAAGGUUGUUCUGGGGGCGAGUGUUAUUUGAUGGAAAGGAGGAAGCAUCACUGGAUACACACUGAAGUCGGGAAAGACAACAAACUGCUCUGAUGCAUCUUCAUAUGAAACUGAGAAUUCACUCUGCGCCAAAUAAUCCUGAAUGUAAUUUCCAUUUCCCUCUCACUAUCAUGGCUUUUCACUCUUACUUCAUAUUGUAGUGUGUAUGUCUAUGCUUGCUUACACCAGGUGUUUGGGGUUUUUUGUUGUUUGUUUUUUUUCAUUAAUGCAUGAAAAACAGAGCAGCAAAUCUCGGUGGCAAUAAAGACAAUUAUUGUGUCAAGUCUCUAAUCUAUCUGUCUAGAAAGAUAGAUUAAGAUUAUGU